AUGCCUCCGCCUCCUCCACAGACAGAGUCAUCUAUGGGUUCGAGGACCAUGAGACCGCAACGACCGCUAUUGCCCAGAAUCGAUCCUACUGUCGGCUUUCGACCUCCAGUACUUCACGGCGAGCUGACGCCUGCAAGCAGCGGACAUAGCUCACUGAUUUCUCCCGUGAGUGCGACUUCUGGUCCUCGCUCACCAGGACCUGCCAUCCGCAAAGCAUCGAUACCGGGACCCCGACGUCCACCAUCGCCAGAAUUGACGAAUCUCGACUGUGCAUUUCCUCCGUUCCCUCUACCUUCGAGAGCUGCCACGACACGAAAGCGAGAGAGAUCUGCAACUCAUCGCAGUGAUACAAAACAACCUAAGUCUCGUGAUGUUCACAAGGGGUUACCCAUAGGCAAUAGACCAUACCCGCUUUCAAGAGAAGGAUCAGACAAUUCGGUGACAACGCUGGUCAAUGAAGCACCAAGACGGAAGCAGUCUCGUUCACCAAGCCCAGGAACUGGAGGAAGGCGGCCUAGGAGCACAGAAAGGGUCGGUCACCAACAGAAAGGUGAAAAGCCGCCAGGAAUCGAGCCAAUUUCACCAGCGGUGCUUUCAGCAAGCCAGGGCGAUGGCGUCCCCGAAAUUCUGCAUGCAAGGACCUUCACGCCUGAGAUUUCGAACUCUGACGCUCAGCGAGAGCCUGCCAGCGGCACAAAAGUAGAUCCCGGUCUCAGUGCUUUUGAUUUUGGUGGCUCGGAAACCAACAAAUUCAAAUCGCAAGCUGUGGCCGAUGCGCCUAGACUGAUUGACGAGCGCUCCAGAGCUGACACUGAGCCUUCGUAUAGAACGAAAAGACCUCCACCACUGUUCAGCAACCAGGAGGUCAUGACCCUGGUCAAAUCACCUACGGAGCCCCAGCCGUCCCCAGUUGGUAGCUUGACAAGAGGGUUGGGCCGAUUGUUCGGCCGACGACGGUCACAGUCUGCCGCAUCACGCCGGGAAGUGGUGCGACAAGCUCUCAGUGACGAGCCGGACAUCCACGAUAUUUCCUUUGCUGGCCGAAGUCUCGUUAGUCCCACUAGCGAUCGGUCAUUUAUUGCAGCAGAACCGUCUCCUCUUAGCAUCUCGCUAUCGGCAUCACCUAGACCUUCACUGGGCCAUGAGGAAUCACUGAAGGCACUCGAAGGAUUGACACCCGAGCCGGUCGCUGUCGCUCCUCCGAUGGUUGUUGUGGAACCAGCAAUCGAAGACCCGCCGCUGAAGUUUACUCCCUCUGCUGAGACCGACAAUACUAAAAUCCCCGAGACGACGGACGUCGCCGUGGUGUCGCCUGAUCCCCAAGGUGCAGAGCUCAUUGAGGUUCUUCGGCGGGUAUCUGUUGAUUCGGCUUCGUCUUACGGUUCGGUUGCUUUCUCGGAGAACACAGCCAGCUCCAGAUCGAGCUCGCCCCAGACCGAGCACAUGGCGAGCCAAGCAUCUGAACCAUCAAAUGCCGGGCUACUCAAGCCUGGGGAGCCUGAUGUGCCAGCACCACUAAGACCAAAGAUUCCAGAGCUUUCGCCCGAUUCACCAACGGAUCCGUUCUUCCAGCAAGGCCGCCUGUCCCCAAUUCCAGACCUUCCGAAUCACGCAUCUGACUCGACUGGCUCGUUAGUAUCGAUAUCCGUGGGUUUACAAACAAGCCCUAAGUCAACCGAUGAACCUCAGGCAUCAUUGGGCAGCAGUACCAAGUCCACAGUUCCCAACAAAGGCGUCUGUCGCGGCUGUUCUCAGCUGAUACUCACGGGGCAAAAGUCAGUGUCGAGCGCAGACGGUCGGUUGACUGGCCGGUAUCACAAGGAGUGCUUUGUGUGCCGAGCGUGCAAGAUUGCAUUUCCCACUGCCGAAUUCUACGUUCACGAUGACCAACCAUACUGUGCUCACCACUACCACGAGCUAGAGAAUUCUCUUUGUGCUACGUGUGGCAAAGGAAUUGAGGGCCUGUACAUGGAAACCGCCAAUGUGGCGGGGCGUGGGAAAGAGAAGCAUCAUCCGGAAUGCUUGAAGUGCACAACUUGCAAGGUUCGACUGGACCACGACUAUUUUGAACUGUCCGGGAAGGUGUAUUGCGAACGAGAUGCGUUUCGGCUUGCAACUUUACCAAGAGCCCACGACAAUGCUCCCAGCCGCCCGAGCCCAUUGGUUCGAGAAUACAUCUCCAGUGGAGAUCCUGGACUCGUGAAGGGCAGGAACUUCCCUGAGCGAAGGACGACCAGAUUAAUGACGACGACAUAA